AUGGGCUUUUUGGAGCUGGCGAGCUGUGGAUGGAACAAGAAGGAGAAGCAUAGCCUUUCACCCAACGUUGUGGCCUUCACACGGAGAUUUAACCAGGAGCUGGCGAGCUGUGGAUGGAACAAGAAGGAGAAGCAUAGCCUUUCACCCAACGUUGUGGCCUUCACACGGAGAUUUAACCAGGUCAGUUUCUGGGCAGUGAGGGAGAUAUUGACGGCUCAAACAUUGAAAAUCCGAGCAGAAAUAUUGAGCCACUUCAUCAAAAUUGCCAAGAAACUCCUGGAGCUGAAUAACCUGCACUCUCUGGUUUCAGUGGUCUCUGCUCUUCAAAGCGCACCUAUCUUCAGAUUGAGCAAGACCUGGGCGUUGAUCAGUCGAAAGGACAAGGCCACCUUUGAGAAACUUGACUUCCUGACGUCAAAAGAAGAGAAUUACAACCGCAUGAGAGAGUACAUCAGGUCCCUCAAAAUGGCCCCCUGCAUCCCCUACCUAGGAAUUUACCUGUUUGAUAUGACCUACAUUGACUCCGCCUACCCUGCUUCUGACAGCAUCAUCGAGACUGAGCAAAGAACCAAUCAGAUGAACAAUCUACUGCGCAUCAUCUCCGAUCUACAGGUGUCCUGUAACUACGAUCAUUUAGUCAUGUUACCACACGUGCAGAAGUAUUUGAUGUCAGUGCGCUACAUCGAGGAGCUCCAAAAGUUUGUGGAGGAUGACAAUUACACAUUAUCAUUGAAGAUUGAGCCUGGGAACAGCUCACCUCGUCUGGUAUACUCCAAAGAAGACCUUGGAGGACCCUCAGAAGAGUCUGUCUCAGUGCGGUAUAACCGACGACCAACCUGUCCUGAUACAUCAGUGGUUGCCCACCUUCCAACACCACCUCCUGCCCGACACAGGAAGAGCCACAGUCUGGGGAACAAUAUGAUGUGCCAGUUUGGUGUAGUGGAGAGUAAAAGUGCGACAUUCCCUGCAAAAGAAAAGGCUCGACACCUACUGGACGACAGCUUCUUAGAGUCUCACAGUCCUGUCAGAAACCACACACACGAUUCAGUAUUUACCAACGGCAUCUCACUUGGCAGUAGAGAGAGCUCUUUUAGUGAUGAAUUAUCAAGUACAGUUGAGAGAGGACGUAUGUACGCGACACUUGGUCCAAAUUGGCGAGUGCCAAUCUGUAACUCUCCCAGAAGUAGAAGUUAUAUUUAUAGUACCCCAGGGGCAGUUUCCAGCUAUGAAUGCAGUUCUCUGAGCAGUAUAACCAUUGAAGGGCCCCUGCGAAGAAAGACACUGAUGAAGGAGGGUAAAAAACCCACUCUCUCAUCCUGGAAGCGCUACUGGAUUGUCCUGUCUGGCUCCAUUCUCAUCUAUUUUGGUUCUAAAGCUCUAAGAGCAAAUGAGCGAAGACAUUAUAAAUCCAGGCCAUGUAAAAAGAUCACACUCACAGGUUGGAUGGUGGUUCUGCCAGAAAACCCUGAACAUCCAAAUAUUUUCCAGCUUACUGAUCCUGAAAGAGGUAAUGUUUACAAGUUCCAGACUGGAUCACGUUUCUCUGCGAUUAUCUGGCACAGACAUUUAGCCGAGGCGUGCAGGAGUACAAGACCACAGAUACCAGCAAACCUCAUGUCCUUUGAAUAGCUGUUUUUUGGGAAGUGGAAUACAGAUGAAGAGAAUAAACCUCAUGGAGAAAGACAUUGCAGAAGAGUUUAUGCGAGGGGGCAGCAUGUUGGACCUAACAUAGUUGGAAAUGUGGCAGCUGUAUCUGUUGAAAAAGUCCAAAAUUCUUUCAGACAUUGCUGACACAGCUGUACUGAGAGAGGAUGGUCUUGUGUCUUCAGUUUAGUGGUAACACUUUACAAUAAGGUUCAAUUUGUUAACAUGAGAUAAAGGAAUAGUUCACUC